UGACUUCCGUUAUUCCCAGAAGGCGCCGCGCGUGCUGCGGGAAGGUCGUGCAGGGGAGAGGCGGCUGCGUUCCGUGUCCGCACCAUGUUGGCUGCCAGCGUCCGUAGGUUCACCACCUCCGCCCUCCGUAGGAGCCACUACGAAGAUGGGCCCGGGAAGAACCUUCCAUUUUCUGUGGAGAACAAAUGGCGGUUACUGGCAGUGAUGUGUGCAUUCUUUGGAAGUGGAUUUGCUGCCCCUUUCUUUAUUGUCAGACAUCAGCUUCUUAAGAAAUGAAGGGGAUCAACUGUAAUAACACUUACUGGAGCUGAAGUCUUCUGCACGGCAACAUAAGUGGAAAAAAUGAUAUCUUCAAUUGUGUACCAUGGGGAUAUGUCUAAAUAAACUUUAAAUGUGAAA